GCACACCACUAGUGUGCCCGCGACGAAUAUCCGCCGCAGUCGUCACCACCAUCACCGUUAUACAAGUACGUAAAUAUACCCGUUAUACAGUUCGCAGAAUUUCAAUAUAUUUCGUAUAUACUCGUGGUCGUCUACAAAACAAAAACCCUAAGGAAAAUUCAUUAAAAAAAAUAAAUAAAUAAAUUAUAAAUCACGUUUGAAACGAUCGCUCACACUUGAUGAGCUCAUGUAAUAAUAAUUCGAACCCGGCGUCGUUGUUAAUUAUUAUUAUUGCCGACAACUGUGUUUCGCGUAAAUUUGUUUGAUAAUAUACAUGCGUACGCGUUUACAUAAAUUUAACUGAGUGUCCAAAAAAUACAUUAUUUACAUAAACCGUGCAGGAUCAACAUCACGCUGUCGACAGAUACCGGGAUCGCCGCCAGACCCAAGUGAAUAUUCUCCGGGUAAUGCCGGAAAUAUGCUUAGGGUAGACGAUUGUGUGGUGUUAAGACGAGUAUCUAUGGGCGGUGGUGAAGAAAACCCAGAGCCACCAACUGAAGUAGGAAAUCGUCGGACAAGUAAUGUACUUAAAAAUGAACUUUUGUUGCACGAAGCUGUUAUAAAAAAUGACCCAGAUGCUGUAAAAAGAGUCAUCAAAGAACCAUUAGAUGUAAACUCCCGAAAUAAUUAUGGAAGAGCGCCUAUUCACUGGGCAUCUUCAAGGGGAAAUACUGAAAUCAUGGAAAUGCUCAUAAAUGCGAAGUGUGAUAUUGAAGCCAAAGAUAAAUACGGGAUGCGUCCGAUAUUAAUGGCUGCUUGGCAUGGCCACACGGAUGCUGUCCAGAUGCUUAUCAACUACGGAGCGAGUGUAAACACAAUAAAUAAGAAACAAUAUACGCUGCUGAUGUGCGCCGCAAGAAACAACCGCCUGUCAGUCGUCAACUUCCUUUUGGACACCAUUGAGGAUGUUGGACUAGACGCAUUUGAUACGGACCAUCAGACGGCACUGCAUCACGCGGCGAUCGCAGGUCAUACUCACGUAGUGCGAAGACUAGUGCACGCUGGAGCCAACACAAGCACCACGAACAAGCAAGGGCGGACACCAUUACAUUCAGCGUGCGAAAAGGGCCAUGUCGAUGUGGUUGAAUUUUUACUUGGGCACGGUGCUGACAUGUUGGCAAAGGACGAAGAACAAAACAGUCCGCUGCACGUGGCCGUCGAAAACAAACAAACGCUCGUCGUGCAAAUGUUGUUGGAAGCAGGAAAUCCGACAAACUUAGAAAAUAGCAAAGGACUGACUGCGUUGCACAUAGCCAGUAGCCAUGGAUGUCGAGGAAUAGUGGAAAUGCUAUUAACAGCCGAUUGUGACAUCGACAGACAGAGCAAAAAUGGGAACACUCCUUUGCACAUGGCAUGUUUAUCUAACAACGUCGUAAUUGCAGAAAUACUGAUUGCCAAAGGCGCCGAUCUCAAUGCCUUAAACACGAGGUUGCAGUCGCCGAUUCAUAUAGCGGCAGAACAGGGAUAUUCGGAAAUUUGUAAGCUUCUUUUGAGUGCCGGAGCCAACAUCGAACAACGCGAACAGGGAGGCAAAACACCAUUAUAUAUAGCAGCUAGAGGAAGUUUCACUGCUAUUGUGGAUAUGAUUAUAAAAACCGCUCGUUUAGAAUACACACCCAAGAAACGAACUAGACCGAAAACGCCAGAAGAACGGAGAAAAUGGAAGUGCAAUCCGGACUUGGACGUUUCAAUAGCGUUGCAAGAGACUGAUGAAAAUCUAGAAAUUAUUCUACGAAAAUUAUCCCACAAACAGCUGAGUCCCGGUGAAUGGAAAAAACUGGCUCAUUUAUGGGCAUUCACAGAUGAACAGAUCAAAGCGAUCGAACACCAAUAUAUAGGACCGUCCAGUUACAAACAACAUGGUUAUAGAGUGUUAAGAAUUUGGGUCGAUAGUCUGGGCCCCGAUCUCGACCCUAUAGAAGAACUCAUCGACAGUCUCAAUACGAUUGAAAAGAAUACGCUAGCAGAUGCAAUCUGCAAGAAAUUAAUGCGGCAGAAAGAAAAAAGUGAGAAAAAACCUGAAGACAAAACCUGCGUUGUUUCUUGAAUAGACGUCACAUAUUUUUGUUCUUGUUGAUUUUCAGUUUAUAUUUUUCAUUUUUCUUGAAACGAUUUUAUGAACAAUAACAGUAUACCUACAGUUUUUAAAUUGUUCAGCGUUUAUAUUAUUUCGCUUUAAUAUUAUAUUAUAUAUAACAUAUUUAUAUUUAAUGUGUAAGAUAUAAUAUAAUAUUAUUCACUUAACUGUAUGCCUGUAUAGUGUUAUCAAAUGACUCUUGGUAUAAUUGAUAACUAAUAUUGCAUACGCUAAUAUAAUGUAAUACAACUAAUACAAGCAUAAUAA